AUGGACGAGAUUGAGCGAGGACACCUACGAACGAACGCGAGAUACCUGCUCCAACUGGGCUGUGAUCCAAAUGGCGACCGACCUGAUCCAGUCACUCAAGACUGGGAGAGCCCACUGCACGCCUACAUCAUCCCGCAACAUGAGAACAGAUUUUCCCGCCCGCCUCAUGCACCAUCCAUCUUGCCGCAGUGGCAGGGUCAAAGCCGCCGCGAGAUAAAAGCCUUCAUCGUCGUACUUCUUAAGCACGGGGCGUCACUCGACAUCACUGAUUUCGACGGAUACUCUCCUCUCGACAAUGCGCUCAGCUACAUGGAGCCAUUUCUCACGCCUGGUCUCAGAAUCCUUGGCUUCAAAUUUGUGAAGUUCUUGCUAGCAAAUGUUACGGACAAGGGCAUCUCGGAGCAAUCCAGGAGAAGAGCGGAGGACAUUAUGGCGACGAUGGUUCAGGACUUGCGGGCUGAGCAUGCGACACACGACCUGUCUUACGAUUACGAGGGUCCGCUCCAAGAGCACCAUUUGGGAAUCUGGGGUGAGGAGGAAGUCGUUGAAGAGGAACCUGCGCCAAUCCUUUUAGGAUGGCAUGCAUGGACGCGUGAGGGAGGCAGAUUGGUCAGGAAGUGA